GCUGCAGAAAAUUUAGUAAAGCAUUCCAUUGACACUUCCCUUUUAAACACAUGUGACUUUUAUCUGUACUUAAGUAUGAUGAGAGCAGAAAGUGAGUGCUGGAAGUCAUUGAGGAAAUGACUAGUAACUACAUACCGUAAGUGGGGGCAGCCUAUGAUUUAGUAAGUUCUUGCUGUAACACGUGUCUGCAAUGACAUCUUCCUUGUUGCUUAAACUCUUUAUCGGAAUAACACUCCUGCUCAUUGUCUGCAUUCCAGAAUGGUUCAAGACUAAGGAAGGCAUCUCAGAGGACCUAUCAUGUAUUGAUUCCUGUAUGAUGGAUAGCGCUCACAAAUUACCAUUAAUAUGUAAUUUGCAAGAAAACGAAAGCAGAGAGGCUGUAGAGACUGUUGCAGCAAAAAAUGUGACAUUAUCUUCCAUUACACUUGGUUUUUAUAUCAACACUUCCGCUGUUUUCAUCUGUUAUCCACAAAGAGACACAGAUCCAUUAUCUCAAGAAACGAGCGCACAAGGAAAACCAAUAAAUGUCUCACUGAACAUAAAAGGAAAAUAUUUUCACUAUCCAGAAGUGGAGUCUAACUUUGGAAUGGCAGAUUCUCAAGGCGAUGUGCAUCCCUCUGAUCCUUUCUCACUUGAGAUCCACAUAAGUAAUCUUACAGGACAUAACAGAACAAUGGAUCUAUGGCAUUACCAAGAUCCGGGGGUUCAUCAUGACUUCAUCAAUGUGUCCUUACACUUUGAAAAUCAAAUUUCAUUUUACACAAGACCACUCGGGGUCAUCUGGCUGUUCCUGAUCUCGCUUGUUUUUGUAGGUGGACUUAGUUUCAUUGUUUACAAAGUCAAAAGAACUGCUCCAUUAAUAGACUAGGGACAGAAGAAUGAAAAUGUUUACCCAAGUCCAGUCCUCUUAUAAUAAAUGAAUAGCAAGAUACAGUUUUCAAGUGAAUCUCCUGAUGGACUACCUCACAUGGACAUUUAUAGGAUACAUUAUAAACUCUAUCACAGUUGUUAUGCUGCAACAUCUCAUGGACUUUAAACCUUUGAAUGAAAGAAAAAUAAAAGCAGAAAUCCUUACCUAUUUGUGAGUCUACACUGACUUUUACAAACCCCUCCAACAAAUAGACUUAUGCAAAGUGGAUUAUUUACUGACUGCUCCUCGUGUUUGGUCAUGAUCCCCUUUGCUUAGUCUCCAUUACAGAAAGAACAAUGGAAAAGGGUUUCUGCUGGAGCAAGCAGGAGACAAAGUAAAAGCAGGAGAAGCUUGUCCAAUUUUAAUCAUGUGCUCUUCUUAUUAAUGUGGUGGGGAGAAGAGGGGGAGACAACAUACAUUUCUCCAGUUAAUUAUAUAAAAUAGUUUUUCUCUAUCUCUUUGCUUCUGUUUUUGUUUUGUUUUUUAACCUCAUUGUCAUACUGGCUAUCCAAAAUCUGUCCUCUAACACCUGGUUCCAUCUCAACUGACCCUGUACACUAUACUCUAUGGAAAGGGUGUCCCAGGAACCUAAUGGAUCUGGCCAUUGCUCAGCUGUAGAGUACUAUUUUCAACCCAUAAAGUUAUAUUUUAAUGAAUGGAAUAUGUCCACCAUAAAGAAAAUUAAGGUUUGUGUUGGAGCUGGGAUAAGAACAGGAAAUGCAAAACACAGGGGACACAAGGUGUAUGUAAUCCAACCAACUGGAGUGAUGGGUGUUUGGUUGGUAAAAACAUGGGGUGUUCCUGAGAUAUGAGAGUUUAUAGUAUGUCUGACAAUACAGGGAAUCAGUCAGAUGGGUGUGAACUUAAUUUUGAUAAUGGGAGUGACUAUCAGGCGAUGGGUGGGGGGGGGGGUAUACUUUUCAGACUUGUGAGAAGCUUGUUUAAAAGGAUUUUAGAGUUGUUAAACCGAAUAAGGGACUUAUCCUUACCCUUCCAGUAUGUAUUAGCAGCUGUAUGCGACAGAGGAAAUUCUUUUCUUUUUGAAUGUAUUUUUUGUCUCAUCCACAGUGCUCUCUGCCGACACCUGAUGCCCGUAUCAGGAACUGUCCAGAGCAGGAGAAAAUCCCCAUAGCAAACCUAUCCUGCUCUGGACAGUUCCUGACACGGACAGAGGUGUCAGCAGAGAGCACUGUGGACAAGACAAAAAAGAAAUUCAAAAAGAAAAGAAUUUCCUCUGUAGCAUACAGCUAGUAAAGUAGAAGUAAUUUACAAAUCUGUUUAACUUUCUGGCACCAGUUAAUUUAAAAAAAAUAAGUUUUCAACCGGAGUACCUCUUUAAUGUACAGUAAUAUCCCCCCAAACAACACAAACUUAUAUCAAUCGUACAGUGAAUUUCUACACAUGAAACAACGCUACCAGGUUCAUUUUAUUAGUCACAUAGUGGAAAAUGUAUUUAAAUUCUUAGAAAAUUAUUGAAAUCACUUAGAGUGCAAUAUUACUUCCCUCUUAAAUCUGUCUAGUUAUAUCGUGGAACAUAUAAACUAGGUGUUUAGUCAUUCAAGAAUCUGAGAAGGCUGGGUGACAAUGUUGCACCUGCAAUAGAUAUAAUUUCGACCGGUUUCACAAAAGUGGAAUACAGGCUAAUUUUUGUUUUCUGGUCAGAACUCAGGAAUAUAAAAAUUGUCGCCCAUACUGCCGGCAGUAAAAAAAUAAAGAUGUACAUACUUUCUUCCGCUCUCCUGGGGCCUCCGGUAACCGGCUCCGGUCUCUGCCGCGAUCCACUUCCUGGUUGCCGGUGGUCAGCGAGUCAUACUGCGCUCAGCCAAUUACCAGCCGCAGCGAAGUCCGACUCGGACGGCGAUAGGCUGAGUGGCAGUGUGAGAACGCUUCAGGACACAAAAUUCUUCACUACACCAGCACCUGCUGCCGGGGCCGAAAGCGUCACACUGCCGCACAGCCUAUCGCCGAGUCGGGACUUCACUGCAGCCGGUGAUUGGCUGAGUACAGUAACCAGGAAGAGGAUUGUGGCGGAGAGGAUCGUGGCGUAGACCAGAGCCGGUUACCGGAGGCCCCGGGGGAGCGGAGGAAGGUAUGUACAUCUUUAUUUUUUUUCCUGCCGGCAGUAUGGGGGACAAUUUUUUUAUUCCAGAGUUCUCCUUUAAGGUACAAAGGAAAACUCAGGAUUUGCAUUUAAAGAUACAUUUACUAUCAUUACAAGUUUGAAGCUGUUCUUUCAUGGUAUGAAUUAACUGCUGUACUUCUGUGACCUUUCCCAGGAUACCACAGUUACUAUUUCUUAAAUUCUUUUAAUAGCAUAUUCUUAUAUUAUACUAGACUAUUAUGCAGAAAAUAGCUUUAAAUAAAUGAGAGAAUUCAUGCUAAAGAACCUAUUCUAUAACUUUUGAUUUGUUUUUUU